AUGGGUGAGGAAAAAUUGAGCACGAAACAGCAAAAGGCUCUAUUGUUUAAAAAAUCGAAAGAGGAGAGGGAACAAGAAUUGGCUGCCAAAGCAGAGAAGAAGGAGAAGACCGAAAAGAAGGAAAAGAAAGAAAAGAAAGAUGUGAAAGAGGGUGAGGAAGAAUCUUCAAAGAGAAAAGCUGACGACAGUUCUGAAGCUGUCGAGGGAGAAGAGCAGCCAAAGAAGAAGAGGAAAACCAGAAGAGGCAAGAAGGGAAAGGGGGUGAAUGGCGGCAAGGGCCCUCGGUUCAUUCUUUUUGUGGGCAAUCUCCCAUACGACAUCAAGGAGCCAGAGUUGGUUGCUCAUUUUAAAAACGCCAAUCCUGACAGGAUCAGGAUCAGAAAGGAAAAGGGGAUAGCCUUUUUGGAGUUUGACAAUGACAACAGUGAAAUUCAGAGUAAGAUGGAACACGCACUUAGGAUGCACAAGCUGAUGAUCAGAAACCGAAAAAUCAACGUGGAGCUUACAGUUGGCGGAGGUGGCAACUCGGAAAACAGACAACAAAAAUUAAAGGAGAAGAACGAGAAGCUUGAAGAGGAGAGGAAGGAGAGAAUCAAGAAGCAGAAUGAAGCUCUCAGGAAAGAAAAGGGCGCACACGGUAACGAAGACGAGGUAGAGGGUGCUUCAGGGCAACCAGCCAUGCAUCCAGCGAGAGCAGCGCUUCUCAGGUCAUAG